UGGGAAGCUUGAAGGAGAACAGAAUCUUGAGGUAGUGAUGGAACCGAUUCGUCGAUCAUUGCAAAAUAUUAGAAACAGGAAAACUCGCAUGGAUCAAGGAGCAUGCAGUCCAGAAAAUAUUUUCGCGGUGGAUUAUCCUUUGACGGAGUGCACUGGCUGUUCACAUACUCGAACCGUGUGUCUCGUUCGCGAAUUCGCGGCACACAGACGGCUGGCAGCCAAUUGCAAAAACCCCUUCUUUUCGCGGCGGAAAGAACAAGGGAUCCAGAAACCCUACCCCCCGGGGCACGUGUACGUGUGUGCGGGCUGCACGUUGAGCGCACACCACCGUACGCAAUGUAUACGUGCAGGAAAGGGAAGGCCGACGUACACGAGCCGGCAACGAGACGAUGAUUUCCAUUAUUUCGCCGGCACGCGUGGCAAGACUUGUUUAACGAGCGCAACGUCGCCAUCUGUAUCGCGAAUCUCGCAUCAUGAUAAUCACGAAUUAACCGACAAACAACUCUACUUCUGAUGGAUAGCGCUUGCGCAAUUAUCGAUUGGAAAAUAGCAAAUUCGUAUAGUUUUUAUACUAAUAAAAGAGAUUAGAAUAUCAACUUCGGUAAUACUUAUAAUAAAUUUUCUAUAAUUUAAUAAUAAAGA